GUUGGCGGCCGCGCGCGUGUUCUGCGGGUUUUUGUGCGCGCGCGCGCGUGUGUGAAGGUCUGACGGAUUCGCCGGGUGGAUUUCCAACCGGGAUAUGCCUUCUCCGCCCCCGCACGUGGUCAUAUUUCUCUAUCAAUAAUCUGCUCAGUCUGUGUCAUGAGUAAAAUGUGUCAUGCAGUUGAAUCAGAAGAGGCAAAUGUGGAUGGGGUACAUAACGUCCCUACCUGUAGCGAUUCUUGCUGGGACAACUGUACCCAUGGUAAAAAAAUAUUAGUUCCCAGUGGUGAGAUGGAACGGCUGAGCACACAAGCAAGCCCUUGCGGCACUCCUUAUGGCACUCCUCUGUUUAGUCGAGCAAGUUCUUUCUCAAGCUUUGCUAGUUGCUUUUCAAGAUUUGAUCACUCCCACAUGGAUACUGACUCUGAAGAGGAACUCCUAGAUACCGGCCAACUUCAUCCUGAUAUCUUUGUCAGUGAUGAAUUUAUGGAGAUGGAAAAAGGGAAUCUAGUAAAAGAGGAAGAAUGCCAACCCAGUCAUACCUUCCGACCCAAUGAUGCUGCUAAUAAUCCCAUUUCAGCAGACCAAAGUAUUAUAUCUGGUCAACCACAGUUGGAAACUGAUCAAGGUACCACCAAGGAAAAAUUUGAUGCCCCUAAUGUUAUCUUGGACACAACUGUAUCAAAAGAGCCUGACAGAGAUAUCCUGUCCAAUGACCAACUUACAGGAUUGCAGUAUGGUGUAUCAUUGGAAGAUAAUGAUCUUAAGCAACCCAAUGUGAUAUACGUUGAAGAGGUUACUAGCCUUCCAAUGCCAGGAGGUGAAAUAAUUCCAUUGAAUGAGCAAGUCAUGGGUCAACGUGACAGUACCAAGGAAAACACUAUAGUUUACAACAAUAUAUUGAAUACCGAGUCAGACAUGAAAUCAGAUGGCAACUUUGAAAGUGGAAUCGACUAUCUUUAUCCCCUAGUGUCGCCCAGCUUUGAUUCAGAUCCUGUAAUUUGGUUACCACCAGAACCAGCAAAUAAGGAUGAUGAUGUUGAUACUCUCGCUAAUCAUGAGGAUGAUAGUGACAACAAUGAUAGUGGGUGGGGUAAGUCAAGUUUAAAUCAUAGCUUCGACGAGGAGAGAAGCAAGAAUAGCCGUGAAGACCAAUUGCAGAAAGCAAUGUCAGAAGUUAUGAAUGGGCAAUUCAAGAUCCUUGUUAGUCGUUUUUUGGCUGCUGAAGGGUUCUCUUUGUCUGAUGAAGGAACCGAUAAUGCCUGGCUUGAUAUUGUUGCUUCUUUAUCAUGGCAUGCUGCCUUACUUGUCAAGCCUGAUGACAAUGUUGGAAAUUCAAUGGAUCCAGGGUUGUAUGUAAAGGUGAAAUGCAUAGCUUCAGGAUCUUGCCAGCAGAGUGAAGUGAUCAACGGUCUUGUUUUUAAGAAGAGCGCUGCACAUAAGCAGAUGAGAGCCAACAUUAAGCACCCGAAAUUGUUAAUUCUUCAGGGCGCCAUCGGUAACUUCUCCACAGGGCUCUCGUCGAUGAAUUCAAUGAAACAGGAAAGUGAGCAGUUGGAGAAAACUCUCAGUGAUGCGAUAGGUAAAUGGCAUCCUGAUGUUAUAUUAGUGGAGAAAGCGGUUUCACGAAAUGUAAAUGAGUAUGUUCAGAAACAAGGAGUUACCUUGGUUAGUGACAUGAAUAUGCAUCGGCUGGAAAGAAUUGCUCUUUGCACUGGUUCCCCAAUUAUCUCGUUGCAGGAUGUUCACAAGAAAACCAACCUUAUUAAGCAGUGUGAAUCUAUCCAUUUCGAAAAGUUUGUUGAGGAGCAUAAUCAUACUGUAGAAGGAGGAAGAAGGUCAAGCAAAACAUUUUUAUUUCUAGAGGGUUUUCCAAAACCUCAGGGAUGCACAAUAUUGCUAAAAGGAUCAACAAGUGAAAUCUUGAAGAAGAUUAAGCGAGUCCUUCAUUUCACUGUCUUUGCAGCUUACCAUUUGGUCCUUGAAACGUCAUUCUUUGCUGAUCAAAGAUCAUUUAUAACACAAAAAAAUGCCACACAGAAAGAGGACUAUUUAAAAGCAGAUCCACAGUUGCUUUUUCCUUCUAGCACUUCAGAUGAGCAAUAUGGUAAUAUGAAAGAGUUAGCCAACUCUAGAAAUUCCACGUCACAGCAUCUUCAUGAUUCUGAAAUUAAGAGUUCCAAAGGUUCUGGCAGCCAAGGUAUUCUGUCUAAUUCAUCGCUGCCUGAUCUAGAUCACUCGACAAAGAUUAUUGGUGAGACAUUAUGUUCCGACUCUGCUGAGUCAACCUCAUGUGAUGAGUUUGGUGGGUCAACCUUUACUGCUACGUCAGAAAAAAUAAGCAUGCAGAAGAAAGAAGCACCUGGCGAAAAUUCCCAAGAAACUUUGGAUGAUGAAACUCAUGUGAAGACUAGGACUUCUUUAAAUGCUCAGACCAUAUUAAUUUCGAUGUCCAGCCAAAACAUCAGGAAUAAAGCAGUUUGUGAGCAGAGUCAUCUUUCCAGAAUAACUUACUAUGGGUAUUUUGACACAUCUCUGGGGAUAUAUCUGAAAGAUACUUUACUUAGUGAGAAACACAAUUGCUUAUCAUGUGCUGAGCCUCCAGAAGCUCACAUGUACUCUUACACCCACCGUGAUGGUACUCUCACUGUUCUUGUAAGAAGCCUUCCGUUGGGGGCAGCACUUUCCGGUCAGGACCAAGGAAGAAUUUGGAUGUGGACCAGGUGCUUGAGAUGUAGUGGUAAUCCCACAAAUAGGGUUAUAAUUUCUUCCUCUGCACGCAAUCUCUCGUUUGGGAAGUUCCUUGAACUCAGUUUCUCAACGCAUUCUUCUGCUAAGAAGCUAUCAACAUGUGGACAUUUGCUGCAUAGGGACUGCCUACGUUUCUUUGGAUUGGGAUCUAAAGUUGCUAUGUUCAGAUACUCGUCUGUUGAAAUAUAUUCUGCUUGUAAGCCACCGAUGGCUUUGCAGUUUCAUGACCCAAACAAAAAAGAGUGGCUUGAUGUUGAAGUUAAGAAUGUCCUUCUUAAAUGGAAGCUACUCUUUUCUGAAAUUGGAAACAUAAUACAAGGCAUGAAAUCAAGAUACUCUGGUGAAGCCAUGGGGGAAAACAGGAACAGUUCAGCAUAUGAGGGAUUAUUUUUGGAAGUCAGUGGUAUGCUUGCACAAGAGAAAGAUGAAUUUGAGGUUUCUCUGAAUGUAAUUGAUCACAUUGCUAAACCGGAGGCUUGUGCUUACGAUAUCCUUAGCUUGAACUGGCUGUAUCAACAACUGCUUCUUGGAUUUUAUAUUUGGGAUAUCCGUCUUCGUCAUCUUCUCCAGUACAGUAAAAUAAAUGCCGCAUCGUCUGACAAUUCUACUCACAAAAGCAAAGCGGAGAAUGAGCUGAGAAGUUCUAAAAAUAUUGCCGUACAUGGGGACUCACUAUCUGUCCCGAAUAUUGCAAUGGAGGAAGAAGCAACUAUAAAUUCUUCUGGCGAUUUUGACAAUUCCUGUAGCGGCAUAAUUUCAGAGAAGGAUCAGCUUACUGAGAACUCAAUAAUCAAAGAGCAAGGGUCUUCUCCAGGUGUUGCUGAUGAAAAUGGGUCUCAUAAAAUUGACUCCUCUGUUCAGAAUGUUAACCAUGUUUGCUUAGAUAAAUCAAGUGUUUUACCAGUCAAGAAUGAUGAACACCCUGCACCAGCCAGAGGGGGCGAUGAAAUUCCCCCUGUUGCCAUUCCAUGUAAAGGCUUGCAUGUAUUGCGUAACUUGCUGGAUUUCGCAAGUGAUGACACAGGAGACUGGGUCUGGAGUAAGUUCAGUCACUUGGAAAGGGAGUACAAGAAAGAAAUACAACUUGGUUCUUUGGAUAAAUUUCAUCUAAUCAACAACUACACCCCGUCUUCUUCAUCACUGACGCAGCUCAAAUACCAAAUGCACCUGAUGCGUUUUACAGUUGGCCCAUGUGGUAAUAUCUUGUCAAUUGCUGAUGAAGAGGUGUCUAGCAUUAUUGGUUAUGCACUAGCUAUAUCUGAACAACAAGGAAUUUACUCUGAAGCUGCAUUUGAAAAGGAUGAACUUAUAUCUAGAAAAAAGCUAGAUAAAGUAGCACCCAGCAACUUGGCCAGAGGUAUCUCGAUGCCGGCAUCAGUUGUGUCUACAAAUAAAUCUUUAGAAAAGGAUCAUAGUAUGUUAAGCAAUGCAUCCUCAUUAACAUAUGAGGAAUCAACAUCUGGAUUUUAUGAUUCAUUUCUGUCAGCAUUAAAAGAUAUGCAUCCUGAAAUUUGUCUGAAUAGUGAAAAGCUAGCUUUGAAGAGCAAAUACACUGUUGUUUCUAUAUAUGCAAGGCAAUUCUAUGAGCUUCGGAAGAUAUGUUGCCCAUCGGAACUUGCUUAUAUUUCAUCCAUAAGCCGUUGUAAAAUAUGGAAUGCACAAGGUGGUAAGAGCAAGGCUUUUUUUGCGAAAUCAAUGGAUGACAGAUUUAUCAUAAAAGAAAUCAAGAAGACAGAGUUUGACUCAUUCUUAAAGUUUGGCCUCGAAUACUUCAAGCAUUUUGGUGUAUCUCAGGCCUCAAGUAACCCAACUUGCCUUGCUAAAAUACUGGGAAUAUAUCAGGUCAAGGAAAUUAGGAAUGGCAAGGAGACAAGGACUAAUUUCAUGGUUAUGGAGAAUCUUUUAUUUGGACGUAACAUACUACGUCGAUAUGAUCUGAAGGGUGCUCUUUUCUCACGAUAUGUCGCUGACUCAAAAAAUCCUGAGAGUGUACUGUUGGAUCAAAACUUUAUUGAAGACAUGCGUACCAUGCCUAUCUACAUUGAAGGAAAAACCAAAAACCUCAUGGAACGUGCUAUUUGGAACGAUACAUCUUUUCUAUGUCGUAUGAAUGUCAUGGAUUACUCCUUGUUUGUUGGAGUGGACAAACAGAAGAAGGAACUUGUGUUCGGAAUUAUAGAUUACUUGAGGCAAUAUACCUGGGACAAACAACUAGAGUCUUGGGUGAAGACAUCGCUUGUUGUUCCCAAGAAUCUUUCUCCAACAGUAAUCUCACCAAAGGAGUACAAAUUAAGAUUCAGGAUAUUUAUGUCUCAGUACUUCCUAUCGGUUCCAGAUGUUUGAGUCUGGAGGCAUGAUCAUUUGUGAUGUUGGUGGCCGCCCUUAUCUUCAGUAUGGUUCAUUCUGCCAUGGUCCUUGCUUUACUGUAAAAUGUCGUUGAGUUUUAUCGUGGCUGUGACAUCAUAUGUGUUCAGUGUUAAAUUUUAUUUUGUUCUUUU